AUGAAAUGGCUCAAGGAGAAGGGUUACGGUGGUGCCUUCAUAUGGACUCUUGAUUUCGAUGAUUUCAAGGGUACAAGUUGUGGUAAAGGUCCAUAUCCGCUAUUAAAUGCAAUCAAUAAUGAACUUGAAAGUGAGUCAACAGCAUCGACAGAAAGCUUUGAUACGACGACGGCAGAACCAGAAACUACAGACGACGAUACUGAUAUUGAUGCGACGACGGCAGAGCCAGAAACUACAGACGACAAUACUGAAAUUGAUACGACGAUGGCAGAGCCAGAAACUACAGACGACAAUACUGAAAUUGAUACGACGAUGGCAGAGCCAGAAACUACAGACGACAAUACUGAAACUGAUACGCCAGAUGGAUGUCCCGAGCCUAACGGUCUAUUCCCGCAUCCCAGUGAUUGCCAUCUGUUCAUUCAAUGCUCAAAUAACUAUUUGCAUGUGAUGCAUUGUCCACCUACUACCUUUUUUAAUGACGAAGUUAAAAGUUGCGAUCAUAUGAUGCCGGACAGAUGCAAAUGAUUCUGUUGUUCUCCAUAAUUGUUGCAAUAAAUACUUACAGUAAAAGUCUUGGCACCACAUAAAGGAAUGAAUUGGGAAUUCUCAAUUCAGUGAUAAUCCCCUUUAACUGAUCCUGUAUCCAUAUCACAUUACUGUAAGUUAUAUUGAUGCAUAAAUCCAUCAAAUGAUGUAAACUGUAAGAAUGAUGUAAGCUGAAAAUUUGUUAAAUUUCAAGGAGUAAUUCUAAAUGUCAUUUGCUUUUUCCAAAUUGUUAUUUGAAAUUUCUUCCAGCAAAAAAUAUAUGCCAUAUUAUAAAUGAAUAAUACUAAUCCAAAUGUGUUAUUUCAUUUGGAUAAUCGUACCAUU